AUGAUAAGCGCCAGCCGAGCUGCGGCAUCCCGUCUCGUCGGCGCUGCAGCCUCCCGGGGCCCUACGGUCGCCCGCCACCAGGAUGGUUGGAAUGGCCUUAGUCAUGAGACUUUUAGAAUUGUUUCAAAGCGGGAUUAUGCAUCAGAAGCAAUCAAGGGAGCAGUUGUUGGUAUUGAUUUGGGUACUACCAAUUCCUGUGUGGCAGUUAUGGAAGGUAAACAAGCAAAGGUGCUGGAGAAUGCUGAAGGUGCCAGAACCACCCCUUCAGUUGUAGCCUUUACAGCAGAUGGUGAGCGACUUGUUGGCAUGCCUGCCAAGCGACAGGCUGUCACCAACCCGAACAACACAUUCUAUGCUACCAAGCGUCUUAUUGGCCGGCGAUAUGAUGACUCUGAAGUCCAGAAAGACAUUAAAAAUGUUCCCUUUAAAAUUGUCCGUGCCUCCAACGGUGAUGCCUGGGUUGAAGCUCAUGGAAAACUCUAUUCUCCGAGUCAGAUUGGAGCAUUUGUGUUGAUGAAGAUGAAAGAGACUGCAGAAAAUUACCUGGGGCAUACAGCAAAAAAUGCUGUGAUCACAGUCCCAGCUUAUUUCAAUGACUCUCAAAGACAGGCCACUAAGGACGCUGGUCAGAUAGCUGGACUGAAUGUGCUUCGGGUAAUUAACGAACCCACAGCUGCUGCUCUGGCCUAUGGUCUAGACAAGUCAGAAGAUAAAGUCAUUGCUGUAUAUGAUUUAGGUGGUGGGACUUUUGAUAUUUCUGUCCUGGAAAUCCAGAAAGGAGUAUUUGAAGUUAAGUCCACCAAUGGAGACACUUUCUUAGGUGGUGAAGACUUUGACCAGGCCUUGCUACAACACAUUGUGAAGGAGUUUAAAAGAGAGACGGGGGUUGAUUUGACCAAAGACAACAUGGCACUUCAAAGAGUUCGGGAAGCUGCUGAGAAGGCUAAGUGUGAACUCUCCUCGUCUGUGCAGACUGACAUCAAUUUGCCAUAUCUUACAAUGGAUGCAUCUGGACCUAAGCAUUUGAAUAUGAAGCUGACCCGGGCUCAGUUUGAGGGGAUUGUUGCUGAGCUAAUCAGGAGGACCAUCGCACCAUGCCAAAAAGCCAUGCAAGAUGCAGAAGUCAGCAAGAGUGACAUAGGAGAAGUGAUUCUUGUUGGUGGCAUGACUAGAAUGCCCAAGGUUCAGCAGACUGUGCAGGAUCUCUUUGGCCGAGCCCCAAGUAAAGCUGUCAAUCCUGACGAGGCUGUGGCCAUGGGAGCUGCCAUUCAGGGAGGUGUGUUGGCUGGUGAUGUCACAGAUGUGCUGCUCCUGGAUGUCACUCCCCUUUCUUUGGGUAUUGAGACUCUGGGAGGUGUAUUUACCAAGCUUAUUAAUAGGAACACCACUAUUCCAACCAAGAAAAGUCAGGUGUUUUCUACAGCUGCUGAUGGUCAGACUCAAGUGGAGAUUAAAGUGUGCCAGGGUGAGAGAGAGAUGGCUGGAGACAACAAACUUCUUGGACAGUUUACUUUGAUUGGAAUUCCCCCAGCCCCACGAGGAGUCCCUCAGAUAGAAGUUACAUUUGACAUUGAUGCCAAUGGGAUUGUACAUGUUUCUGCCAAAGAUAAGGGUACAGGACGCGAGCAGCAGAUUGUGAUCCAGUCUUCUGGUGGGCUAAGCAAAGAUGAUAUUGAAAAUAUGGUUAAAAACGCAGAGAAGUAUGCUGAGGAAGACAGGCGAAAGAAGGAACGAGUUGAAGCAGUUAAUAUGGCUGAAGGAAUCAUCCAUGAUACAGAAAGCAAGAUGGAGGAAUUCAAGGACCAAUUGCCUGCUGAUGAGUGCAACAAACUAAAAGAGGAGAUUUCCAAAAUGAGAGAGCUCCUGGCUCGAAAAGAUAGUGAAACUGGAGAAAACAUAAGGCAGGCAGCAUCUUCCCUUCAGCAAGCGUCAUUGAAGCUCUUUGAAAUGGCAUACAAAAAGAUGGCCUCUGAGCGAGAAGGCUCUGGAAGUUCUAGUGCUGGGGAACAAAAGGAAGAUCAAAAAGAGGAGAAACAGUAA